AUGCUACAUGCUAGCUAAGGCGCUUGUUUCUGUUUUGUUCUGUUUUGCGGCUUUCUGCUGUCCUCCAACAAGACUCUGGGUUGAAAAACUUAAUUUAUCAGAUUGUUAACAGUCCUUGGAGCACCUGGACGUCUGUGUCGAGUCGUGGUCAUGGCUCUGCAGGGGCCGGAGGAGGUCGGGGAGCAGCUUGAAGAGCCGGAGGACCUGGACGACCAGGACGCUAGCAGCAUCUCCCCGGCCGAAGAGAUAACCCUUCCGCCGGGGACGGGGGGCGACGAGGAGCCGGAGGAGGCUUUCCUCCUGCCGUGGGACCGCUUUUCCUCCUGGCUGCACUGCAUCUGUGUGGUCGGCUUCGACCUGGAGCUGGGCCAGGCGGUGGAGGUAAUUUAUCCUCAUCAUUCCAAACUGUCAGAGAAAGAGAAAACAAGCAUCUGCUACCUUUCCUUCCCAGACUCCAACUCAGGUUGCCUUGGCGACACGCAGUUCUGCUUCCGCUUUCGGCAGGGAUCCAACAGGAAGUCGUCCCUUGGGUGUUUCCUGGAAAACACGGAUCGAGACGCGCCGCCCUGCCUGAAGCGGGAACAAGGCCAUUACUACGGCUAUGUGUAUUUUCGUCAGGUUCGAGACAAAUCCCUGAAGAGAGGAUACUUCCAGAAGUCUCUGGUUCUGAUCAGUAAGCUGCCGUAUGUGACCUUCUUCCACUCGCUGCUGAAGAUCAUGGCUCCGGAGUACUUUGAGAAGCAGGAGCCGUGCCUGGAGGCCGCUUGUAACGAUAUCGACCGCUGGCCGACGCCGCAUCCCGGACGAGUCCUGACUCUGCCGAUCAUGGGCGUCGUCAUCAAGGUUCGAAUCCCAACCUGUUACGAUAAACCAGGAACCUCCCAGUUGGUCCAGUCAGCCCAGGGUGACAGUUUGGUUUCAAUCAUUCUCCCGACAAUCCAUGAAGUCGACUUGUUCAGGUGCUUCUACCCGGUCUUCUUCCACAUCCAGAUGCUUUGGGAGUUGGUGUUGCUCGGGGAGGCGCUGGUCGUCAUGGCUCCGUCGCCCGCCGAGUCGUCAGAAACCGUGCUGGCGCUGGUCAGCUGUGUCUCUCCGCUGCGCUACUGCAGCGACUUCAGGCCGUACUUCACCAUCCAUGACAGCGAGUUUAAGGAGUACACGACCCGGACGCAGGCUCCGCCGUCCGUCAUUCUGGGAGUGACCAAUCCCUUCUUUGCAAAGACUCUGCAGCACUGGCCGCACAUCAUCCGCAUCGGAGACAUGAAGCAAGCAGGAGAAGUGGCCAAGCAGAUGAAGGUGAAGAAACUGAAAAACUUGAAAACUCUGGACUCCAAACCUGGUGUGUACACUGCCUACAAGCCAUAUCUCAACAAAGAUGAAGAAAUCAUCAAGCAGCUCCAGAAGGGCGUCCAACAGAAGAGGCCGUCGGCGGCUCAAAAUGCCAUUCUUCGCCGGUGCUUUUUAGAGCUGACUCAGAGCUUCAUCAUUCCUCUGGAGCGAUACGUGGCCAGCCUCAUGCCUCUGCAGAAGUCCAUCAGUCCCUGGAAGAGUCCGCCUCAGCUCCGGCCUUUUGUCCAGGCUGACUUCAUGAAGACUCUGGAGAAAGCAGGACCGCAGCUCACCUCCAGGCUCAAAGGAGACUGGAUAGGACUCUACAGGCAUUUUCUAAAGUCUCCCAACUUUGACGGCUGGUUCCGGAGCAGGAAAAGAGAAAUGACUCAAAAACUGGAGGCUCUGCACCUCGAGGCUCUGUGUGAGGAGGACCUGCAGCAGCGAAUCCAGAAGCACUCAGAGGUGGAGGCAGUUGAUCUGGUUCUGAAGCUCAAAGACAAACUGAGCCAGGCGGAGCGGGAGCAGCUCCCGGUCCGGCCGGGGACUCUGUCCAAACUCAGAGCCCACAUCGAGGCCGUCAUCCUGGCCUUACCAGAGGACCUGCAGGGCAUUCUCCACAAACCGCCCACAUCCUGAUAAAUCCCGAUAAAUCCCGAUAAACGGGUCCAGCUGCUGGCGGGACCGAGGCCCGGCUGGAGGCCUGCUCGGCUCAAACACGGCGCGCUAACUCGGCUUUGGGAAUCAUGCGGUCUGGACCGGCCUGGAGCUGCCAGAUGAAGUGUUUUGUUUGGGAAAUAAAGGAGAGCUGAUCACGUUCUCACAUAGUCCACUACUGAUCCUGAACCUGUGGUGAGUAGCGGACAGGAAAACUGACUCAACAUUUUUACUUCUGAACAUCUUCGGUUCCUAUUUUUGAACCGGGCUCCAGAGUUUUCAUCCUGUUUUUUUUUUUUUCUUUUAAAGAAAGUGCCCAACAAACUGGCAUGCCCUCACACACACCCAGACUUAUGCAAACAAACUGAACCGAGCAGAGCCAAGCAGUGCAUUAUAUUUAUAUUUCACAGAAAUGUUCUUUAUUGAAACACAAACAGCAUUCAGAACCAGCAACCUGCUCUAAUCCUGCUGCUGUGAAGCGUCGCUCAGGAGCCACAACACCACUACCAGUCUGGCAUAUCUCUGCAUCGGGUAGCUAACCGUCUCUGCAAGAACAUCCUGCUACAUGCAUGGUGCAAAUUUUAUUUGUUUUUGCCUGAAUUUGUGUCCAUUUUUAAACUGAGCUCAGUGAUGAAGAAGCAACAGUGGUGCAUUUUACACCUCAAAAAUACAAAUUUCUUGUCCAAUUUAUAGUGAAAAUAUGUUAGUUCACCUGAAAGACGACAAAACUUUUCCCAAGCAACUUUUUAGCAAGAUAUGGAAGCUUGCAUUAAGUCAAUUCCUUAACUUUAUUUAAAAAAGUACUAGUUUCACUGGUAGAUUAUUUCACUUAUUACAUGGGAAAAAUGUUUUAAGUAUAAUAAUCUGCGAGUGGAACGAGUAAAACAAGCUUCUAUGUAUUUCUUCCUGAAAAAUUAAAAGGUUAAGUGUUUUGUCUUAUUUCUAGUGAACCAAGAUAUUUGCACCAGAAACUAGAGCAGAAGGACUUGGUAAGACUUUGUGUUUUUGCAGUGUAUUGAGAAAAAAAGAGGUGUGAAGUUAUAAUAACAAGAAAUAAGAAAUAUUUAUUUCCUUCAGAAGGAAAUAAAUAUUUCCUUAUAAAUAUAAACAGGCUUUCAUAACAAACAGGAUGCACAAAUAGAUGUGGUCAUGACUUUAUGAUUCAAGAUUUUAACAUAAGAAUGUGAAAACUCUUGCUAAUGUGAAAAAUAAGAUGCAGUUUAUCAUCAUGCAUUUAAUUUACAAUCUAUAUUUUUGCUCCUGAUUACCUUUUUCUUCUGCUGAUUAAUGUGUGGAAUAUUUUUCACUGAGCAGCAGUGAAAUUAACACAGACAUAAAUAUACAGACUUAACUAAAAUGUAUCUAUUAAUAUUUCUUUACUAAAUGAGCAACAGGUAAUCAAAAACUUAAACACCAGAUGAUUAAUGCUUCGUUUCCACUGAGCGGUAUGGAUUAAACAUUGACUGACGGCCUUCAUAACAAACAGGAUGCACAAAUUUGAAUUGUGAACUUUCUCUAAUCCACACCAAGUCAAAUUUUUACAUACAAGCUUAAAUAUUGUUCAUUGUUUCCCAGUAACAUUUAUGUAAAUCUCCAAUAGAGGAAAUUCAAACUUUUGCUCCGUUUGGUGCAAAACGCAGCAAAUGUGACUAAUUCUCACCAUGACGCUGCCAUUACUGUGAAGCACAGUAAUGGCAGCAUCAUGGUGAGGGUCUGUUUUGUUGCGUGACUGGAAUAGUGAAUGGUUGUUUGUGAUGAAAGGCUUGUUUUUGUGAAAUCUGCUUCAGGAUUUUGUUUUUAGGUUUUUAAAUAUUUCUUUUGAAUGGGACAUAAAAAAUUUUUGUAGAAAAUUGUUUUUAAAAACUACUUUAAUUAAGUGCUUGAUAAGAAAAGAAAAAUGUUCCAUAUUUAUUAAUCUACUCUUCGUGAAAUAAUUAUGCAUUUCUUACAUGAAAACUCUUUGGAAAAAAAGGCUAAAGCUAGCAUUUUUUAAUAACCUUUACGUUUUAAAGGGAGAGUGUUAUGUAAAUUUAACUAUUUUGAGCCGUGCAUCAUGAAAUGUUAUUUUCUCAUCAAACACGUACCUUUAAUCUCCAUGGCAACCAUUCACCUGUCCAAAACACCUGUGUGGACCUAGCCCCGCUUUUGGGGCACAGCUCCUUCAGACUAGCCAGCAGCAAUUAGCAAAGACCUGGUGGGACAUCUGCUGAGCUCAUUGUAGGAGCAGCUUUUCAGUGUAACGCUGGUAAAACGAUGUUAAGGGUUAACAGAGGAGCCAUGUUGGGAUGACUUCCUGAAGGCGGAGCUUCAGAAAGAGCAGGAGUUUUUAAAGUGACAGAGGCCCAAUUUGAAGUCGUUAAAUUACAAUGUAAAUUUUAAGUCAUAAUUGAUAUUUGGAGCAUUUUUUAUCAUCUGAAGGUAACAUAGUUACUUGACUACACUAUAAAAUGGCACUGUGACACAUAAUACUGCCCCUUUGAAACAUUGCUGAGUUCUUUAGCAUUUUUGGAUAAAGUUAUUAAAAAUCGUGUUGGUCAAAAUGUGGCUCUGGAGCCACAGGUUGCAAACCCUUGAGCCAGAUGUUUGAAACUUGGACUCAGCUGACCUGUCUUGGUGGUAGGAAACCGAUUUUUAAUUGAAGCUGGUGAAUCGCUGCAAAAACAUUUAUCCAAGUAUAAGAAGGCUCUCUGAAUAAUUGAGCUUAUAUGUAUAAUUUUGACUGUGAAUCAGAGAAAAUCCAAAACAAUUCCAAAUCAUUGUUGCUUUUGUUUGUUGUCUGGUCAUCCUGUCUUGGACGUAAACGCUUCUGAUGUUCUUUAAAUCCCAGAAAUCAAUGACCUGCCUGCGUACCGCUGAAGAGUUCUGGUACCAGGUGUAAUAAAACUGACACCUUCUGGAUGUCGUUCUGAAGGGAAGACGCUCAUCAGAAGCAGCUUUCCACCACUGAUCUAGAUUCCAGAUUAAAUCAGAAAUCUUAAACCAGACGAGGAGAUUGCUUGGUGAGAAACACAAACUGAUAAAAUUCUGCUUAAUGUUUUUUUUAUAAUGCGCCUAAAAAUUGAUUCUGUUCAGCUUGGAGCUCCUUUUGGUGUCAACCCGGUCAUUUUUUGCCAAAAAACAAAUAAUGGGAGAAUAAACUUUAUUUUUAAGCAGUUAAAAUGUUUUGUCAGCUGUUUUAUAUCAAAUUAAUAAAAACAAUUGAAUUAUUUUAAAUUAAAACCAGAAAUUUUAGAUAAUUUUGUUUUAUUUUUAUGAUUUACUGCAUAAAGGAGAGUUUCAGGAACUACCAGAAAGAAAACAAAAUAUUUGAAUUUUAAAUUAAAAUAAAAAGAUCCCUGAGUUUACCAGUUAACUUUCAUGAGAAUAAUCAAGAAUCAAGACGUUGAAAAAAUUUAAUUGCAAUCGUGAAGUACGAAUGUUUGUGGAGAUAAAUAUUGCCUUAAAAUGGGAAUAUAACCAAAGACCAAACUAAUUUGAAAAGUAACCUCUCUGUCUGUAAAAUAUAUUUAAAAACACUUUUAAUUGUACAUUUUCUAAAAGAACCAGAAUAUUAAAUAUGAGACCAGAUGCAUAAAGGGAAGAUGAUCACUGCUGCAUGUUCCAGCUCUAUAAUCACAACCUGUGGAUGUUUUUAAAUGCUAAACUAUCUUAAUAUGUUUAAUUUUUGAGUCAUUUUGUUGACUACAUCAGUGAAACAGAAAAAUGAAGUGUCCUUAUUGAACAAUUAAAGAACCUGAGCGCCAAGCAACACUUGUAGGUUUAUUGGCAGUGAAUUUACAGCUACAUGGAUGGGAAUGACGCUUAGAACCACUGCAAAAUUCAAGAUUUUCAGUCUGUAUAACAUGUUUUACUAAACAUCCUAGAACAACUAACAAUGAAAAAGCAAUAACAAAUAAAAAAUACGUUGACAUGAAGUCGCCUUGUGCUGAUGGUGUUUGUUUUGUAACGUUUUUUUUUUCUUUCUUUUAAAACAUUUUUAUGUUUUGACUACAUCUGCAUUUUAAAGUAAUUUGUUGGCCUUUUAACAUUGUUUUAAAUUAAUUUCACACUUAAAAUGUUUUGGUUUUUUGAGCCUUAACGGUCGGAUGAUCCCAUUUUGGCCAACUGUUGGGGAAGCCCAAAAGUUUUAUAUUUGUGAAAAACUUACAAUCUUGAGUUGAUUUAGAGGCUCGAACACUGCAGAUUGAGUUUUGUACAUAAAAAUGUAAAAUGAAAGCUGACAGACUGUAUCAGGAUGUUCAAUCCAUAUUUUGUUAUUAAAACAUGUCUUACUAAACAGAAUAAUUACUCCUGGUGUUUACUUUCCCGAGUUUCUUCAUUUGGCUUUCUGAAGAGAACAGAAAUGGGAAUGGGCGCCCCCUUGUGGGGAACUAAUGAAAUUAUUCAUUUAAGAAUAAUGUUUUUCUUCUGGCCUCAACAUCCCCUAGAAAGACAACUUUUUAAAAUGUGGAUCAACUCGCCCACAUCCCAUAGUCUGGUAGAAGUUCAAGUCCAUAAACUGGAAUGAAAUCUAUGAAAUAAAUGAAAAUCAAUGAGUUAAAGUCUCUGAUCUAAAAAUAUUUUUAUCAAUAGAAAAAAAAUCUGUAAACAUCAGUUACUUCAGAUCAAAAUUGUUUACAUUGCAAUAUCACUGAUAAAACGCACAAUGAUUUUUUUUUUCCAGACGGGAUCUAUUCAUGCAAGAAUCAUCACAG